AUGGCCACUCCACUCCGCCCGGAGUCUCCUGCAGAGGAUCUGCCACAGUACUACCAAGAGCUGGGCGACAAUGAUAUCACAAACUGUUUCCGUGAUUUCGAUCUCGAGAAGAACUUCGACUUGUUUGAUCGGCAGACUCGGAACCCAAAGAGCUGCAACUUUUGCUUGGACUUUGGUGAGGAUGAGGCGUUCUGCGCCUUCGAUCUUGCUUCAUUCUCAUACUCGCGUCUCCUGGAGACCCCACGGCCUGCUCACCUACAUACGCGAUGGAUCAACAUCUGGCAGCCGUACAACCAGAAAGACACCCUUCGCCUGAUCGGCCAGCACUACGAUUUCUCACCACGCCUAUUGGGGAUGAUGUGUAGUGAUCCUGUGCCUCGUCGUUCUGCGUCCUCAAGCUUGGAGAAGAGCGUCUCGACACUCCGUUCACGACUUUCUCACCGUUCCAAGCACUCGAAGUCGAGCAGCGAGAAGUCAAGAUCACCUUCAAACAAGGACACCAUUGACUCAGAGGAGAGCGUCGGAAUGACAGAGCUGAUGCACUCGACACAAUUGGAGAUGGUGCGCGACCUCACCCACUAUCAGAUUGUCGAAGAUGUGUGGCAUUGGUCUACGGUAGACUGGGGCCGUCGAUACCUGUGUCUCGGCUACAACACGCUUCAUAACGUACACAGUAAGCAGACGCAACACCAUCAUAACGCACAACGACUCGACCGAGAUCAGGACAUACCACAUGGAAAGCGAGUGUGGAAUUGGCUGCUUUUGUGCGAAGACAAGACGGUCAUCUCGAUAUCUGAAGAUCCGUUUCCUUUCCACAACGGCGAGGUACACGGAUGGGACCUGCGGUUACUGUACACUGUUCGGCGCAAUUUAGUCAACGUAUUCCGGCAACUGACCAAGGCGCCAACACCUCUAUCAGACGCUGCUCUGACCCAGCUGCCGAUCCGUCACCGUAUCGGCCACAGUGAAGAGGAGACGGCCCAUCGCCCAACCGACACCCCUGGUCUGCUUUUCUACUACCUGUUCGAAGAUUGGGGCACCACUUUCAGUCUCAUAUCACGUAGCGAAGAAGGCUAUGCUGCAGAGUUAGACCGUCUUCGUAAAGAGAUGUUGGUCAAAGCUGACUUGACCCAUGUUGAUCAGCUGCACCAUAUCGGGUGUCAACUCGCUGUGCUAAAACGUGUCUACCAUAGCUACUCUCUGCUCGUCGAGCGCGUACUGGAGAGAAGGGAAGCCACGAUUGCAUCACUGAAGAACUCCCGCGUCAUCUCCGCCGCAGAGUCAAUGAUUGCGUCAGCGCACGGCACCGACUCUCCAAACCCACUGAUCCCGGAGCUUGCCAGCUCACUCGGUGUAUCACUUAGCUCGGCUGCUAGAGUGCGUUUCGAACGACUCAAAGACCGCAUCGCUCUCUACGCUCUGAGCGAGAUUCAGGAGUGCAUUGAUCAGAAGGACUCGUUGGUCAUGAUGAACUUCAAUCUCAUCGCCAUCAAGGAGUCCUUUAGCGUGGAACGACUGACUUGGGUCACGCUUGUUCUUGCGCAGAUUACGAUCCUCUUCACACCUGUCAUGCUCAUGACUGGGUACUUCAGCAUCCAAUUCAAGAAUACGGAGUUCGAGGUCAAGAGCUACUGGUGGGCGUUUGGCAUCAUUCUUGGCCUUUCAAUCCUAAUGCUGUUCUUGUUCAGCUUCUUCAGUGGCACCCUGGACGGAAACAUCAUCAAAACGAGCUGGAGCAGGAUAGUCGUUGAUAUCAGCAAGGGCUGGUGGUCGCACCGAAAGAAGCGGGGCAAGAUGCUGUAG